AUGCCGGUUGUAUGAAUGGACGAGAAAAUUUGCUUGGUGCACUCGGCAAGGUUUCUCGCAACAGCCAUCAUCAUGAGCAUGGACGACUCGCCUUCGUGCGCAAGCGUAACGCUUGUUGCCGCUGUGGAAGAGGCCAAGAGGCAAGGGGGCACACGGGUUUUCAAGAAAAGCUCGCCAAAUGGCAAGAUUACAAUGUACUUGGGGAAGAGGGACUUCGUGGACCACAUCACCAGCGUUGAUCCCAUAGAUGGUGUAGUCCUGAUUGACCCGGACUACAUCAAGGAGCGGAAGGUGUUUGGACACGUGCUGGCAGCCUUCCGAUAUGGUCGUGAGGACUUGGAUGUACUGGGACUGACGUUCCGCAAGGACCUCUACCUGGCCUCAGAGCAGAUCUACCCACCUCCUAGGGAGAAUGCAGGACGACCAUUGACGCGGCUGCAGGAGCGGCUACUGCGCAAGCUGGGCCCCAAUGCGUACCCGUUCUACUUUGAGCUGCCGCCCCACUGUCCUGCUUCGGUAACCCUUCAGCCCGCUCCAGGGGACACCGGAAAGCCCUGCGGAGUGGACUAUGAGCUCAAGGGCUACGUUGCAGACAGCCCCGAAGACAAGCCUCACAAGCGGAACUCUGUGCGCCUGGCCAUCCGCAAGAUUAUGUAUGCACCCAGCCGGCAAGGAGAGCAACCCAGCCUGGAGGUGAGCAAGGAGUUUGUCAUGUCGCCUAACAAGCUGCACCUGGAGGCCUCCCUCGACAAGGAGCUCUACCAUCAUGGGGAGGACAUUGCUGUCAAUGUCCACAUUGCAAACAACUCCAACCGCACUGUGAAGAAGGUCAAGGUCUCUGUGCGCCAGUUUGCGGACAUCUGCCUCUUUUCAACAGCACAGUACAAGUGCACAGUGGCUGAAAUUGACUCGGAGGAAGGGUGUCCGGUAGGUCCAGGCUUCACACUUUCCAAGGUGUACUACCUGCGGCCCCUGCUCGCUAACAACAAGGACAAGCGGGGUUUGGCGCUGGAUGGGCAGCUGAAGCACGAAGACACCAACCUUGCUUCAUCCACUAUAAUCACGGAUCCAGCACAGAAGGAGAACCUUGGCAUCAUCGUGCAGUACAAGGUCAAAGUGAAGCUCUGCCUGGGACCACUUGGAGGGGACCUGGUAGCCGAGCUGCCUUUCAUCUUGAUGCAUCCGAAACCCGAAGAAACAACACCAGUUCGAGCUGUCAGUGAACCCAAGGCUCCAGGCCCCGUACCAUUGGACACCAAUCUGAUUGAGCUGGACACGGACGCUGCGGCCAGCCUAGAUGAUGAUGACAUCAUCUUCGAAGACUUCGCACGGCUGCGGCUCCGUGGCGAGACGGACGCCUAAGGGGACUGCAGUCUGUGCGCUCCCUAAGUGCCAAACCGUCGACGAGCUUAGCUCCCGUCCCCCACCUGGACUGGCGGCUCCACUCCCUGGUGCCCCGCCUCUGCAGGGUCCGUGCAAGAAGGCAAGGCUGCGGAUCAACAGUCGUCCUCCCAAUGUUCCCGUCCCUCACAUCUUGUCCGAGGCAGGUCGCCAAGCACCUUUAGGCGGCGGGCACUUCCAACGGCCGAAGGUGUUUGAGACACCUCCCAUUUUGUGCUCCAGCUCCCUUCAGCAGUGCCCACUUAUCCGAGGCACACACCUCCCAUGUGGACUCUUGCAAUUGUGCAAGCUAUGGACGUCCAUCCAUCUAUGUUUUGGUGUAGAGCUUACUGCAGUGCAGCUGGAGAGGGAAGGUUGCCGCUGGACGUACCGUUAAAGUGGCUGGCUCCUCUUUGACUGGAAUAAUACGUGCACCUGCAUUUUCGCUGAAGCUUUUUGGGCACAUUAAUAUUCUUUGGCUUGGCAAUUGGGGAUAACACUCAAUGCCGUGCCUGAUCAAAAACACUAGCUUUAACUUCCCAUCCUGUUCACGCGUGACGGGGUUCAAUUUUAUUAAUCAAAGUCUCGUGGCACAUGUGUUCAGCAGCAGCUUCCCUUCAGCUGCGCUGCAGGGAAAAUGUGUGGCUUGUCAUUGUGAACUUUAGUCCCUUUUGCAAGUGUUUUGACGGUCGGCAGGCAAGAGUGCCACCUCUGCCCGCACUGGCACUUUCAUACUAUAUUUUAGCGGCCAUGCUCAAGCUCACACCAGGUUCAUCAGGGUCCCUAUCACCGGCCGCUCGAGCGAAAAACCUGUGAUGGAAAGCAGUGUAGCACUGCGCGCAACAGUAGUAGGCUCUUCAGCUGGCCACGUGUGGUAUCAUUGAGUGGUUUUCUGAAGGCACAAUCCUUUGCUCGUCGUGUUUUUCCAGCCAAAGACUACGCUCCAACUGCGGAACCGUUUUUGGCGUUGUGCGAAGAAGUGGCCCUUUGUGAAGACAAUUUCUGUGAGUGAAAAAUGAACAUUUUCCAGUCCUUGACAAGAGGUUAGUCGAAGAAGUCUUCAAUGUCCACUUCGGGGUCAAGCAGGUGAUUAGCAAGUGGGCCCAGGUCGAGUUGAUCAAGCAGGAGGUUCUCACAAGUUUCCUCCAGGUCUGUGUCUCCAAUCAGCACGGCGCCCUUCAGCCUCCCGUCAUAGAGAAGCAGCUUGAUGUACUCCUGGCCUGGGUUCACGCGCACAAGGGCACUGCAGCCCGCUAAGCCUUGGCCAUUGAAGACACCCAGAAGGACCACCUGCAAGACCAUCUCUCUGAACCAACUGACAGAUCGAGCUAACUGCAAUGCUGCUGUGAAUAAAUGCCCAC